AUGGCGCUCCCCCGGGCCCUCGCCUUCGGGCUCCUGCUCGCGGUGGUCACGGCGACGCUGGCCGCGGCUCAGCAAGCCUGUGUCUGUGAAAACUACAAGCUGGCGACAAACUGUUUUAUGAAUGAAAAAGGUGAAUGCCAGUGUACGUCCUAUGGUUCACCAAAUACUGUCGUGUGCUCCAAACUGGCAUCCAAAUGUCUGGUGAUGAAGGCGGAGAUGUCUCACAAUAAGUCUGGGAGGAGGCAGAAACCUGAUGGAGCCAUCCAGGACAAUGACGGGAUAUACGAUCCUGAGUGUGAUGAGCAAGGGCUCUUUAAAGCCAAGCAGUGCAACGGCACCGCCACGUGCUGGUGCGUGAACAGUGCGGGCGUCCGGAGAACCGACAAGGAUACAGAAAUAACCUGCUCCGAGCGAGUGAGGACCUACUGGAUCGCCAUCCAACUGAAACACAAAGAAAGAGAAAACCCCUACAACCUUCAGAGUUUGAGGACUGCACUUCAGGAGACAUUCACAUCUCGAUACAAACUGAAUCCAGCAUUUAUCAAAAAUGUUCUGUAUGAGAAUAAUGUUAUCACUAUUGAUCUGAUGCAAAACUCUUCUCAAAAAACUCAAGAUGAUGUGGACAUAGCUGAUGUGGCUUACUAUUUUGAAAAAGAUGUGAAAGGGGAAUCCUUGUUCCCUUCUUCGAAAAUGGACCUGACAGUAAAUGGAGAACAGCUUGAGCUGGACCCUGGGCAGACCAUCAUUUACUAUGUUGAUGAAAAACCCCCUGAGUUCUCCAUGCAGGGUCUCAAGGCCGGUAUCAUUGCCAUCACUGUGGUGGUCUCAUUAGCAAUCAUCGCAGGGAUAGUUGUGCUGGUUAUUUCUACAAAGAAGAAAUCAACAAAAUAUGAGAAGGCGGAGAUAAAGGAGAUGGGUGAGAUACAUAGAGAACUCAAUGCCUAGCUGCUCUGCCCUG